GAUCGUCUUGUUUCCUCUCUCCCCGUCUCCUCCGUCCAUCGCACCCCGGCGGCGGCGGCGGCGGAUGUUCCCGGGCAGGAGUCCUGCUGCCUUGUCGCGGUGAGGCUGGACGGAUAAACUCAGCAUGGCUCUGGAACCGGAGGGGAGCAAGCUGCUCCUGCAGGACGUGCUGGCGAGACCGGGCAACGAAACGUGCGCGGACUGCGGCAAUCCAGAGCCGGACUGGGCGUCUCUGACUCUGGGCGUGUUCGUGUGCCAGGCCUGCUCGCUCCUGCACCGCAGCAUCCCGCACAUCAGCCGGGUCAAGGCGGUCCACGAGACGUGGGACGGCGGCGAGGUGGAGUUAAUGGCUGCGAUGGGAAACGGUGCAGCCAAGGCCAAAUAUGAGCAGAAGGUUCCUGCUUUCUACUACAGACCGACGCACAGCGACUGCAAGAUGCUGAGAGAGCAGUGGAUCAGAGCCAAGUACGAACGGAACGAGUUCGAGUUCAUCGAGAAGCAGGAGCCUUACUCCGCAGGGUACAGAGAGGGCUUCCUCUGGAAACGAGGGAGGGACAACGGUCAGUUCCUGAGCCGGAAGUUCGUCCUGUCGGAGCGGGAGGGGGCGCUCAAGUACUUCAACAAGCAGGACGCCCGGGAUCCGAAGGCGGUGAUGAAAAUCGAAACCCUCAACGCCACCUUCCAGCCCGCCAAGAUCGGGAACCCGUGCGGCCUGCAGAUCACCUACCUGAAAGACAACAGCACAAGGAACAUCUUCGUCUACCACAGCGAUGCCAAGGAGAUGGUCGACUGGUUCAAUGCGAUCAGAGCGGCCAGGUUUCACUACCUGCAGGUCGCCUUCCCCGGAGCGAGCGAUGAAGAGCUCGUGCCCAAACUGACCCGCAACUUCAUGAAGGAGGGCUUCAUGGAGAAAACCGGGCCGAAGCACACCGAGGGCUUCAAGAAGCGGUGGUUCACCAUGGACGACAGGCGGCUCAUGUAUUUCAAAGACCCUCUGGACGCCUACGCCCGCGGCGAGGUGUUCAUCGGCAGCAAGGAGAACAGCUACACCGUGCUGUCCGGCCUGCCGCCGACCACUCAGGGCCACCACUGGAACCACGGCAUCACCAUCGUCACGCCCGACCGGAAGUUCCUGUUCGCCUGCGAGACCGAGGCCGAGCAGCGCGAUUGGAUAGCCGCGUUCCAGAGGGUCAUCAACCGGCCAAUGAGGCCGCAGGAAUACGCAGUGGAGGCCCAUUUCAAACACAAGCCUUGACGCCUGCUUCGGGACGGACGCCCAGCUGGACCGGGCCGGUCUCAGUCGGACCGGAGCCGUCAGAUCCUUGGCCGGAUGGCGGGAUGCGCCAGGAUGAGUGAAGACGAACAACGGAAGGACCUCGGUGUCGCUUAUGUGUAGAAAUAAACUCUUCAGAGGGACUCCGGGCUCCGUUGGCGGGCCGACCCGAGGCCAAAGGCUUGAUGAUGUCAUCACUACUGCGCCUACCAACCUUGUUGCUGUACAUUUUCCCGCCACUUCUUAAACCCCGCCCCCCUUUUUGUCUCGUGAAUGGUCCCUCCUGCCUGUAAUCUAAUGUAAUUAUGUAAUCUAGAGUCAUCCCACUGGUUGCUUAACGGAAACAAUGUUAAUUUAUUGAAUGUACAGUUUUGAUGACAGUGGCUUACGUGUGUAUGUGUGUGUAUGCGUGCGUGUGUGUGUGUGUUUCAUUGCUGUGAGUUUGAGACCCCCCCCCCAACCCCGCCCUCCACCUUUCCCCCUCCUCCCGGUACAAUCCGAUCUCUCCACCAAGUGCUGUUAACAACAAAUAUGCAUACAAAACACACGUGCAACAACUCUCAGUGAACACCGUCGCUGUUAACCGGAGGUGGCCAACCGGAGGAGGAUAAAAAAAAAAAAAAAAAAAAAAAAAAAAAAACAACAACCUCAAACUGACAGCUGUUCUCUUUAUUUAUUUGUACUGUUGAACAUACAUCGUUCGGUCAUUGAUGGAGGAUUGUAACGUUGGAGAGACCCCGUCGUCGUGUUUGACCCUCAAACCAACAGUGAAUGUUUGUUUCAUGAUGGAAAUCCUGACAUCAAUACAGACGAAGCUGGAA